AUUGCGUGCUUGGAAGACCACACCGGCUUGUAUUGUUUUGUUUAAAAGCUGUUUUUAGUGUUUUAUUCUAAUUUUUUUUGUUUCUACACAUUUGACGGUUUUCCCUGACAUCCCAAGAGACCUGGAGGUUAUUUUACAUACAUAUCUGGACGAAAAAGCGGCGUAGAUUAUUUAAAUCAAGCCAGAAAACAGUUAAAUAUGAAGUGAAAACCUCGCUUCGUCGACAAUAUUUGGUUACAUCCGUUUGUGAAAUAUAGUUCCUUAGACGUAUAUAGCAAGCGAAUGAGUACUUGAAAGCGACAUGAGAGAGGAUCAAUGAUUUUGAAGCUUUGAGGCAACGUUUUGCCACGAAAUGGAUACUAGAUGUUGAACGAGUGAUAAACAAAAGUGUGUAUAGUUUUACUGCAGAUUGAGCGUGUUUUGAGUGUCUACGAAUAUCUGUGCUUUGUACAACGGCAAAAUGGUCGAUGUCGAUCCAGACACGCUGUUAGAAUGGCUUAGCAUGGGCCAUGGAGAGGAAAGAGACAUGCAGUUAAUAGCUCUGGAACAGUUGUGUAUGCUGUUGUUGAUGUCUGAUAAUGUUGAUAGGUGUUUUGAAAGCUGUCCACCCAGAGUGUUUUUACCAGCAUUGUGUCGGGUGUUUUUGGAUGAAAGUGCUCCAGAAAAUGUCCUGGAGGUGACCGCAAGAGCCAUCACAUAUUACUUAGAUGUUUCCGCCGAGUGCACAAGACGGAUUGUGUCCGUAGAUGGAGCCGUGAAAAUGCUGUGUAAUCGUUUGGUUGCAGUUGAUUUGGAAUCUCGUACGAGUAAAGACCUUGCAGAGCAAUGUGUCAAGGUUCUAGAGUUGAUGUGUACUCGUGAAACAAGUGCAAUAUUUGAUGCUGGUGGCCUACAAUGUACUUUGACAUUUAUCAAUGAUUUUGGGAGUCAUGUUCAUAAAGAUACCCUGCAUUCCUCAAUGUCUGUGGUGUCUCGACUGUGCAGCAGAAUGGAGCCGCAAGAUGCAAACCUUGAGACUUGUGUUCAUUCCCUCUCUACCUUACUAAAGCAUGAUGAUGCCUUUGUAUCCGACAGCGCAUUAAAAUGCUUUGCGUCUGUAGCUGAUCGCUUUACACGGAGAGGCAUGGAUCCUGCUCCAUUGGCAAAACAUGGCUUAAUCGAGGAGCUGCUGGAAAGACUUGCCAAGGCUGGAACUUCAGGAAGUGACAGGCCAAGUGUUACCACCAGUACUCCAGACCCGAAAAAUGCCAGUCCUUCUGUUACAACUGUUAUCAGUUUAUUAUCAACACUGUGCCGUGGUUCGCCUGUUAUAACUGAGUUGCUAUUGCAUUCACAACUGCCGGAAGCCAUUGAUAAAGCAUUACAAGGAGAUGAAAGAUGUAUACUGGACACAAUGAGAUUCGUCAAUCUUUUGCUGGUCCUGUUAUUCGAAGGUCGAAAAGCUUUGCCCAAAGCUGGACUGUUGUCAACGCCUGGAACAAUCCCUGGUCUGAAGCGACUUGAUUCUACGGCAGACAGAUCUCACAGACAAUUGAUUGAUUGUAUAAGAAGUAAAGACACUGAUGCCCUCAUUGAUGCCAUUGAGAAUGGGGGAUUUGAAGUGAAUUUUAUGGAUGAUGUUGGUCAGACCCUGCUGAACUGGGCAUCUGCCUUUGGAACGUUGGAAAUGGUGGAAUAUCUUUGUGAGAAAGGCGCCGACGUUAACAGAGGACAGCGGUCUUCUUCACUUCAUUACGCCGCAUGUUUUGGCAGACCCCUCAUAGCGAAGGUGUUAUUGCGAAAUGGUGCAGAUCCUGAGUUACGUGAUGAAGAUGGCAAAACUCCGGCAGACAAAGCGAGAGAGAGACACGACGAAGGUCAUCGAGAAGUCUUGGAAAUAUUACAAUCACCAAGCGACUGGAUGACACCCUUCAACAACAGUGCCAACACAAACGGAGGUAAAGGUCCAGAAACCGGGGGAGAGAAAUCUAAAGGCGAGGAAAAGAAAGAGGAGGAUGAGACGACGGACACUACACCAGAUCCUAAGACUGCUGCGUCCUAUAUCAUUCAUCUUUUGCCGUUGUUUAUAAAAUCCUACCAAACCUCGAUGGUCAGUUCUGUCAAGAAGGCCGUCCUUGGUUUGACGAGGAAAAUGAUAUUCUACAGCACAGGGGAGAAUCUCCAGGAGCUGGCGAAGACGCAAGGUUUUGCAUCCGGUUUGGUGGAAGUUAUUGCAGCCGUUUUUGAGAACGAGGAUGAUGACGACGGUCAUAUGUCAGCUCUGAAUAUCAUCCAGGAUCUCCUGGAGAAAGAAAACGGAAUUUUUAUCGAGCAUUUUGCCCGCCUCGGAGUGAUCAGUAAAGUCUCCGAGAUGGUCGGGCCUCUGUUGGAUGAUGAAGACGAUGAGGGAAAUGAGGACGAGAUUGAUGGUACGGCCAGUUGCCAAGGCGAUAAGGAGUCCACAUCGCUGCAGGAAGAUGCCAGUGAGAUAAUCCAGGGCCAGCCUUAUCACUGGAGAGACUGGUGUCUAAUACGCAGCAGAGAUUGCCUCUAUCUUUGGAACGAGUCAUGCGCGCUUGAGUUAUCCAAUGGUAGUAACGGAUGGUUUAGAUUUAUACUGGACAAUAAACUGGCUACCAUGUACUCCAGUGGUAGCCCAGAAGGUGGCUCAGAUUCGUCAGAAAGUCGUGGUGAAUUCCUGGAAAAAUUACAACGCGCGCGAGGUCAAGUGAAGUCCGAUCUUGUCAGCCAACCGAUCCUAUCGAGUCCCAAUUCAGUCAGUUUGCUCGUAGGAAACUGGUCGUUUGCUUGUCAGAAAGAGAACGAACUUUCAAUAUACAAUUCAGAUGGACAACAAACAACGAUACUCUGUGAAGAUCUGCCUGGCUUUGUGUUCGAGUCGAAUCGCGGCACAAAACACAUGUUCACGGCGGACACCUCUCUCGGAGCAGAGUUUGCGUCAGGGUGGAGUGGUAAGCCGGGCAAGAAGUUCGUCUCAAAAGCUGAAGCUCUUAAAAUGAAAGUAAAGACAACGGCACGCGAGGUGCAGGAGAAAUAUUUCCAGACCGCUUUGUCAAGUCCCAGGGAAGUUGUCACAAAACUUCAGGAUAUCGUACGAAACCUCUACGCCUGUUGUGACGCUCACGAGAAAAAUCUAGAUUUGAAUGGUGACAGCUCGUGGGAGAAGGAUAUGUUAAAAGUAUUGAAGACGUUCUUGGAGUUACUUAAGGACGAUAAAACUGUUUCUUCGUACGAGUUGCAGACAAGUGGUGUUGUGAGAGCCUUGUUACAUUGCUUGAGUCAGCAUACACGAGCACCAGAUGACGAGGAAACGAGGCACAUUAUGAUCCAGAAGGCACAUGAAAGAAUCGAGCUGUUUAAGUUGGCUUUUGGAGAGUCUGUAAAAUCUUUUACUGAACAUCUUGAAAGUUUCGAAGCGGUUUCACCGGCAGUGUUUCUAAUCCGCAAGCUGAUAGCUGUGUUGGAGAUGUCAGAGAGGUUACCUGUGCAUACGUUUGAAAGCAUGGGAAGUGGACUCCAGAUUCUGACUCGUCGACUUCGGCUCCGUUUGGACCGAGCUCCUGGCGAGAACGGAUUGAUUGACCGCUCCGGCAGAAAUCUCAGGAUUGAGCCGCUUACGACUGUUGAAGCUCUGAAAAACUAUCUUGGUAGAAUGGUUGCCAAACAAUGGUUUGACUUCGAUCGCAAUACCUUCUCCUUCAUCAAGAAAGUCAAGUGCUCUCCUCAGGUUUUCACAUACACCUCUGACUUCGACGACAAUGGAAUUCUUUAUUGGAUUGGCACUAAUGGAAGAACGACUAAUGAUUGGGUGAAUCCUGCCUCUGUUGGUCUGGUUGUUGUGAGCUCAUCUGAAGGACGUGCAUUGCCUUAUGGGAAGCUGGAGGAUGUCGUCAGCAGGGACGCGGCCGCCCUGAACUGUCACACGAACGACGACAAGAAUGCUUGGUUUACUAUCGACUUGGGGUUAUUUGUUAUUCCAAAGUCGUACACACUACGCCAUGCUCGUGGAUAUGGAAGGUCAGCGUUACGAAAUUGGUUAAUCGAAAUCUCGAAGGACAACAAAGCGUGGACAACAUUGAAAACACACGCUGAGGACACAUCGCUGACUGAACCAGGUUCCACGGCCACGUGGCAUUUGGAACCACCGACUGAUGACACUGAAGGAUGGAGGUACAUUCGUAUUCAUCAGAAUGGAAAGAAUGCAAGCAAUCAAACACACUACCUCUCAUUGUCUGGCUUUGAACUCUAUGGUACCGUGGUUAGUGUUGUCGAAGAAGCAUUAGGAAAACCAAUGCGUGAACAAGAGUCCGCGGUGAAGCGACAAAGACGGAUGAAGAAUCUAUUGAAACAUUUUGCGGGAAAAGCUGCGCGAGGACUGGAAGUGAAAUGGAAAGAAGGAGAGGCCCUGGAUCCUAGUCUUGAAGCGGCGUGGGCAAGAGAACUGUCUGACGAUUGGGUCGAGGUAGCCUGGGCCGAGGGCCUUCCAGUAGCAUUACGUAAUGCAGCAAUGAACAUGAGAGCUGGUAUGAAGGACCUUGCUGGUGAACCAAGCAGUUUGUAUUCACAGGUUGCUAAAUAUAGGUUUAAAAAUCCCGCGUCUGGCGAAGGCAAUUCUGUCGGGGUCACUGUUAAGGUUGAAUCAAAUCCAGUCUCGGCCGGGACUUUGUCCAGUAACGUCAAAAACCUUGCAAAAUGCGAGAAACCUCCCGCCGCCGUGGAGGAAAAGGCUGAGGGUCAGUCAACUGCAACUACAGUCACAGGAACAUCGAGUGCAGAAGGCGCGGAGGAAGCUGAACAAUCAGGAGCCAAGGAUGAUCGUGGGGAGCACUCCGGGACACAAGAAGGUCCUUCUAGUACAGAGGUUGCAGAUGUCCCUCCAGAGAACAAAGUUCAUGCUAGUCAAGAAACGGAGAAACCUUCAGAACUCUCUGCUACAGCUUUGGAAGAAAAUCCAAAUCCUGCAGAAACUGCUGUGGACACUGCUAGUCCUUCAGCUACAUCUAAGGAUACUAGUGACACUUCGGGUACAUCAAAAGAUAUAGACCGUGCAUCGCCACCGACUUUAGGGGAAUCUAGUAAACCUUUCGGUACAAUUGGUGGACUUGUGGCGUUCUUGGAGUCAGUCAGGAAUGGAAGUAGCAAUACCAAAGAUCUCACUCCUGGUGAUAUCACCGUGACCUCGUCGACAUCGGAGAUUGGUACCAAGACUAGUAGCUCGGAUAAAUCGAUGACGUCAGACGAGAAAAGUUCUGAAGUUGCGACGUCAAAAGAUGAUAAACAAUCCAGCAUGAUUUAUACCAUGACGAGUGGGCGAAGUGUGGCGAGCACCACGAGUACUGCAAGCAGUAACCCAACGUCAGACAGCGAGGUUGAAAAUAUUCCUAUGGACAGCACGUUAUUGGCUGAACUCGAAGACGAUGCUGAUGAUAUGCCUGACCCGGAUGAAGACGAAGAUGACGACGACGACGAUGACGACGACGAUGAUGAGGAUAACGAGGAGAACGAAGAUGAAUUUGAGGAGAUGGAUGAAAGUGAGCUUCAGAACACAAACGUCCGUAGUCGACGCUCUUGGGACGAUGAUUUCUGUUUGAAGCGACAAUUUACAGCUCUGAUUCCCGCCUUUGACCCGCGACCUGGACGUAGCAAUGUACAGCAGAUACAGGACAUUGAAGUUCCCCCGGAAACGGAGGUAGACUCACCUCUUGCAUCACCUGAUGGUCAGACGUACAGCAAUCCAGAAAUUGAGCUUGUCUUGAAAUCAUCUUCAACACCUGGGACGCCUGAAGUGUCCCUUUCUCUUGAUGACCCAAAAUCGACCAUAUUUUCCUACGUUCAUAAACUUGCUUUACUGUCGGGAAAACUGAAAAUCGAACGACUUCGACGAAUAUGGGAGCCAACGUACACGGUGGUCUACAACAGCGUUGGUGAUUUCAGCGAGGCUAGAAAAUCUUCAAGUGAUAGUGGCGAAGAGGAUUUAGAUGAAAAUAAACGCUGGAGCGUGAAAUAUGUGGUGAGUCAUCUUGGUACAGACAGUCUGCCCAAGUGUGACCUCAUCAAUUAUCUUCAAGAACACGCCGACUCGGCUUUCUUAAGAAAAUGGAAGCUCACAGGCAGUACAAAAACCAUUAGAAAGAACAGAAAUUGUUCACAGCUCGUGUCUGCUUAUAAGGAAUUCUGCAAGUUAUAUACACCUGACGUAUCCAAACGCGGCAGCGCGUCCACGUCAACCAGAGAACCAAGCUCUAUUGCAAGAAAAUCCAGCUCCUCCCAGAGUAGCGUUGUCGGCAGUAACAGAAGCUUGGAUUCUGUGGAAGACAUCUUGAAACUCAUUAGACUUCUCUAUUCAAUAUCUACAACUUCCAUGGAAGAAUUUGGAGAGAAUGCUGAUGCGAAUUACGGGUUCAUCAUUCCUUCUGAUGAAUUUAACAGCAAGAAAAUCACAACAAAACUAGUUCAACAAAUUAAGGAUCCAUUGAUGUCAAGCAGCGGUUCUCUUCCAAACUGGUGCGAGGCAGUGAUGAGCUCCUACCCCAUGUUAUUCCCCUUCGAUACCAGACAAAUGUACUUCAACAGCACAGCAUUUGGUUGCGCAAGAACAAUCAUUUGGCUGCAGACAUCCCGUGAUGCGGCUGUCGAGCGAUCACGAACGCCGAGCUCACGGCGAGAGGACCAACACGAGUUCUCCAUUGGUCGCUUAAAGCACGAGAGAAUACGAAUCUCCAGAGAUGAUGGACUUCUUGAUUCAGCUGUCAGGGUGCUUAAUUUCCACAGCGAUAGAAAGGCGAUACUUGAAUUUGAGUUCGAAGGAGAGGAAGGCACUGGUCUCGGUCCAACACUGGAGUUUUACUCCCUGGUUGCUGCCGCGCUUCAGGAGAAGAGUCUGGGGAUAUUCAUCUGUGAUGACGACACACAUGAUAACAUGGAACAGGAGGUUGAUAUUGGUCAUGGUACUCGAGCUCCGGGAUACUACAUCCAGAGGGCCGGAGGUUUAUUCCCGGCACCUCUACCCCAAGAUAGCAGCGAGAUGGAUCGCGUAUGCAAACUCUUCACGUUUCUGGGAAUUUUCCUGGCGAAAUCUCUUCAGGACAAUCGUCUUGUUGACCUGCCAUUAUCCCGGUCGUUCUUGAAAUUAUUGUGCAACGGUGGCGGAGACAACAGCAUGGUGCCCACUCUCCCGACUACUCACGGCCACGCGAGCCAUCUCUCGCUUGCAGAAGGAUUGGACGACUCGUGUAGUUACGAAGAGGAAAGAGAAUCAGUUAGAAAUUUGACCACAAAUGAGCUAGAUAAGUUUAGAAAGGUCGAGGACGAUGAGAACGAUAUAAAUAAACUGGAAUGUGAACUGUCUAAAGCUAGUCUCAUCGAAGAAGACUUGCCUAAAGAGCAACCCAAGGAGGUUGAGACCGAGAAACCAUACGAGCCUGCAAUCAAUUACUACUGGUUCAGCGGUCUUCUAGACGAGAGUGAUCUUGAAUCGACCAACCCCCACCAAGGAGCGUUUGUUCAACAGUUGAGUGAACUGGCGAGAAAAAAGAAAGAAAUUUUAAACGAUGGCUCAUUGAGCAAGGAAGAAAAGAAGGAGAGGCUGCAUUCGUUGCAGUUCACAACUACCACUGGUGCAACGUGUCAUGUGGAAGAUUUAGGUUUGACCUUCCAAUAUUUUCCAACAUCUCAAGUUUACAAAUACAGAGCUGUUGACCUGAAACCAGACGCAGAGGAACAAGCUCUUAUAUUGGGCAAUAUCGAAGAGUAUGUGCACCUGAUGACUGAUUUCUGUCUCUACUCUGGCAUUAAGAAACAAAUGGAUGCUUUUAGAGAUGGUUUCAACAAAGUGUUUCCAAUGGAGAAACUUCAACCUUUCUCUCCCUCGGAACUUCAGUUGAUGAUCAGCGGUGAGCAGGUUCCUCACUGGACCAAAGAGGAUGUUGUGAGCUUCACUGAACCGAAAUACGGCUUCACUCGUGACAGCCCGGUUUAUCAGAGAUUCGUUAAUGUUCUUGCCAAUAUGAGCGGAGAUGAAAAGAAGGCCUUCCUUCAGUUCACAACCGGCUGCUCAUCCUUGCCCCCAGGGGGGCUGGCUAACCUCCACCCACAUUUGACAGUUGUGCGGAAAGAAGGCGAGGGGGAUGGCUCGUACCCUUCGGUCAACACGUGUGUCCACUACCUAAAGUUACCAGAGUACACAUCGGAGGAAAUACUACGAGAGAAACUUUUGGCGGCGACCAAGGAGAAAGGUUUUCAUUUGAACUGAGAUAAAGGCGUCUACUCCUUGCCUUUAGUGAAUUACUUUGCGUGAAACGAGGUUUUUGAUAGAAGCGUGCUUUCAAAAUAUAUUUAGAAAAGACUUGACUUAAUAUAACAUGUUGAUAUAAAAGUUAUAGACCUUUGACUGUAUAGAUGAAUUUGAUGUUUUUUUGUUGGGUUGAAUAUGGCGACGAAAAGUGUAUUUUAUUACAGAAACAUUUAGUGAAAGUGGGGUUACACCAAAAGUACAGGAUAUAAUUUUCGUUUGGUAUUAUUAUAGUUAGAUACUUUAAAAUAAGAAAUUUCUUUAAAUAAUGUUAAUAUAUCAAGAUAUGAUCACAUG